CUCUUUGUCCGAGAGAGUGUGACUUGAGGAGAACUGAGAAAGCGAAAAAAAAAAAGAAAAGCUCCUACUAUUGCCUGUGAGUCAAGAAAGCAAACAAACAAGUGACCAGCCCAAAGAAUCAGAAGCCUUUUUUUUUUUUUUCUUUCUGAAGAGCAAAACAACCCAUUUUCUUGUAGCUACCAUUCUUGAGUUGAAAUUCUGAAACCAAAAGCAUGGAUUUCACGUUACCUCUCUUCGUUUUCUUUAUUCUCUUCACAACUCAGUUUUGUUUCAAUGCAAGUACUGAGCUGAGAGCACUCAUGGAUAUGAAAGCUGCUUUAGACCCCGAUGAGAAGUACCUAUCUUCAUGGACCAGCAAUGGUGACCCUUGCGAUGGUUCUUUUGAAGGCAUUGGUUGUAACGAGGAAGGACAAAUAGCCAACAUUUCUUUGCAAGGGAAGGGGCUAUCUGGCAAGGUCUCACGAGCUAUUGCUGGGCUUAAGCACUUGGCAGGCCUUUACUUGCAUUACAACUCUUUGUACGGAGAGAUUCCAAGAGAAAUAGCUGACUUGACUCUGCUUAGUGAUUUAUAUUUGAAUAUGAAUAAUCUCUCUGGUGAGAUUCCUCCUGAGAUUGGUAACAUGGGUAGCUUGCAAGUGUUGCAACUCUGUUAUAACGAGCUCACAGGAAGUAUACCGACACAGCUGGGAUCUUUGACGAAGCUUAAUGUUCUUUCUCUACAGUCCAAUCAACUUACUGGUGCAAUCCCUGCAAGUUUAGGGGAUUUGAGUUCAUUAAUGAGACUUGAUUUGAGCUUCAAUCGUCUCUUUGGUUCAAUCCCUUUGAAACUAGCUGAUGCUCCUCUGCUUGAAGUUCUAGACAUCCGGAACAAUUCUCUUUCUGGCAUUGUUCCUCUAGCCCUUAAGAGACUGAAUGAUGGAUUCCUGUUUCAAAAUAAUCUGGGACUAUGUGGGUCUGGUUUUUCAUCACUGAAACCUUGCAAUGCUUCUGAUCAUAUUAAUCAAAGCAGACCUGAGGUGUAUGGCCCGGGGGCUACUGGUCUUCCUAGAGAAAUACCUGAGACAGCAAAUCUGCAGUUGCCUUGUGAGCAAACUCAGUGCUCAAAGCCGUUGAAAUCACAAAGUGGUCCUAUUCUUGUUGGCCUGAUCGUUGUCACAGUUGCAUUAUUAGCUAUAGGAAUCCUCACAUUCACACAAUAUCGUCGCCGGAAACAGAAGCUUGGUAGCUCAUUUGAAAUUUCUGAUAGCCACCUUAGCACUGAUCAAACGAAGGGGGUUAACAGGAAGAAUGGCUCUCCACUCAUUAGCCUUGAGUAUGCUAAUGGUUGGGAUCCUUUGGCUGAUGGCAAGAAUUUCUGUGGCUUUGCCGAAGAUGUCCUUCAAAGCUUUAGAUUCAAUUUAGAAGAGGUGGAGACAGCGACUCAGUACUUUUCAGAGGUAAAUUUAUUGGGGAAGAGUAACUUUUCUGCAACCUAUAAAGGGGUUCUGAGGGAUGGAUCUGCUGUUGCUAUUAAAAGUAUUGGUAAAACUAGUUGCAAAUCUGAUGAUGCACAGUUCUUGAAGGGAUUGAAUAUUUUGGCUUCAUUGAAGCAUGAGAAUUUAGUGCGAUUGAGAGGAUUUUGUUGUUCAAAGGCCAGAGGAGAGUGCUUUCUCAUUUAUGAUUUUGUCCCCAAUGGUAAUUUGCUGCGCUAUCUUGAUGUGAAGGAUGGUGAUAGCCGGGUCCUGGAAUGGCCCACCAGAGUUUCCAUCGUUAAAGGCAUAGCCAAAGGUAUAGCAUAUUUGCAUGGCUACAAAUUAAACAAACCCGCUCUCAUUCACCAAAAUAUUUCAGCUGAAAAAGUGCUCAUUGAUCGGUGGUUCAGUCCACUGCUUUCAGAUUCUGGCUUGCACAACCUCCUUACCAAUGACAUUGUCUUCGCAUCACUCAAGGCCAGUGCUGCUAUGGGUUACCUAGCUCCUGAAUACGCUAGUACUGGCCGUUUUACUGAGAAGAGUGACGUUUAUGCAUUUGGAGUUCUUGUUUUCCAAGUCCUUUCUGGUAAACGAGAAGUCGCCAGCGUGGUCAGACUUGCAGCUGAAUCUUGCAGAUUCCAGGAUUUUAUUGACCCAAAACUCCAAGAUAGGUUCUUUGAAUAUGAAGCAGCUAAACUUGCAAGAAUCGCUUGGCUUUGUACUCAUGACUCUUCAAUAGAAAGACCAUCCAUGGAAGCAGUCGUUCAAGAACUGGGUAACUGCAGUAGCUGUCUCUAGUUUCUUCAAUCCUUACCCUACCAAAUUUUCUAAUGGUGCUCAUAAGCAGGAGAUGAUGCGUCACUAACUGUUAACUCUCACUGGGGAUGAAAGGAGCAUGCUUAAUUUGUGUCCUCUUGCUGAGGACUAGGCCUUUUAAGUGUUGUGCAGUAUUCAGGGAUUUUGUAGGGGAUUUUCAUGUGAAAUCAACCUCAGUCUUUGGAAAUUUUGUAGAGUGAUGGAUUUUCUUCCAUUAGCAGAACCGUUGUCAGUUGUAACCCUACUUAAUAUUCAUUUCCAAGGUUUCUCUAGGCUCUUGCUUAUCCGUGUGUGUUUAUUUUAAGCAAUGCCAAAAUCGUCAAUAUGGAACAAAAGAUAAGAUGGAACAAAACACUGGCGGUAAUGUACAAACAA